AUGUGGACACUAUUUGGUGUUUGGACUAUAAUAUUAGUUGGUGUUAGUGCUAUUCGUGUUCCUACACACUGGGGCAAUGAACAACAAGAAACUAUUAAAAGGUUAGUGCCAGAUUAUAAUGGAUACAGAUCCUGGCAUCCCAGUUUCCAGAGAAGAAUGUUUGAAAAUGUUCAAGAAAAUUUACCUCAACAAACCAUAAUAUACAACCCCCUGCAACCACAAAUAAUGCAACCCUCAAAUAAUGGUCUUCAUGUACCAGAACAUCAGAAAAAUUUACCUCGACAAACCAUAACAUACAACCCCUUGCAACCCUCAAUGUCUGUAAACCUAAACAAUGGUUUUUAUAUACCAGAACAACAGAAGUUAUACAAAAAUGUACCAUCAUUGCUGAAUCCAAGAUACACAAAUGAAGAUUUAUACCUCAAAAAACUAUGGGAACAUACUCAGAAGUUGCUCAGAAGUCAAAGGCCAAAUUUGAUAUCCAAUGAAAAUCUAGCUGAAAUUAAAUCAAGCCCAAUAGGAAACCUGGAAAAGCAAGCUGAGUUGAAUAAAAUCGCUAUGGAUUAUAAUUCUAGAGCUUACAAUACUGACAGUUUUCGAGUAUCAGCUUCCACUCUGAGUCCACUUAUAUUGGAACCAACAACCAAAAAAGAACCAGUCUUCUCCGUGACUGAAGGUUACAGAAAUGUUUUGGUGCAAGGAGCAAAUAGCAAAAAAUAUAACAUGGAAAAUCAGGGUGAAACUAAACAGAUUUUGAGCAAAGAAAAGCCUCAAAGGAAACGCAAAGUAACUAAAAUCUAUAAAAUUCAUAAUGGAGGUUGGAACAAUAACUUAGUACAAGCAGAACCCAUCAUAAGAAUACCACAAAUUUAUAAAAAUGAAAAUAGAAGAAACUAUGUAAUAAAAAAUUACAGGGAUGAUGAUUUGCAUGAGCCAAAAGAUGAUAAAGAUUUGGAAAGAGACGACGAAGAAAAUGAAAGAGUAAAUGAAGAAGAUGACAACUCAAAUGAGGAGGAAACAAAAUCAGAUGAUGUUGAUAAUAAAAAUGACACAUCAAACGAGGAAGACGAAGAAGAUGAAGAAACUGAAGACAAAGAAGUACCCCACAGUGAACACGCUGACCCAAUACCUGUGCCGACAAAACCAAUUUAUCCUGGUGAAGGUCAAUGGGCCAAACCGGGACUUAAACAUCGAGUACAUAAUUCCCAGCACAAAUUUUUCAAACCCCAAGAAGUCGAGCAAAAACCUUCUGGUUAUAACGUGUUUGAAGACUUGGAACACUAUUUUGAAAACCAAAGGGACAAUUUUGGUCAGACUUUUGGUGCAAAUUCAAAUUUAGACAUUACUACUCCAUCUUCAGGCAUUUUUCAGCCGAAUCCUGUUAAUCCUAUUGUAGUUUACGACCCUUUUACAGAAUCCAGCAGUUUAAAUGCCACAAUUGCCAGAAAAUCAGCUGAAAAUGUAAACUCUGAAGAAGCUAUAGUCGACACAGAAGAAGAGACUAUUGUUACAGCAAAUACUAAUCCUGAAGAAGCUAUUAAUGACUCUGAAGAAAAUCUUGUAGAUGAAUCAGAUGUAGAUUCUAACGAGGAAAUUGAAGAAUCAGAAGAAAACGAUGAAGACGAAGAGGGAUUUGUACCAUUGCAAUUGUACAGUCAAGUAAGGAAAAGUGAAAACGAAGAACACGAACCCUACAAUCCGUUGGAACAUGGCCGUCUAAAGGAAAUAAUAAAGGAUAGCAAAGUACAAACCGUUUAUACAGAAGAAGGAUACGAGGAUAGUGCCUAUGAUCAUGCAGGUCAUGAAAAGAAAGCCGAAAAGGAUCAAGGAUAUUCAGAAUUUGAACGUGACAAACUUGGCAAAGAUAAUGAUGAGAAAAAUGACAACAAAAAAGAAAAUUCUGAAGAAACUGCUGUCUUAGAUAAGUCAUUGGAUUCUAUUGGUUCUGAUACUGUUUUUCCAACUAAUAAUAACUUUAUUACAACUCAAGAAGUAAAAACUACUCAAAUCAAAGACAAAAACAAUGGAGAUAUGCAACUAGAGAUUGAAAAUGAAGUUAAAGUUAUUUCACAGCCAAAUAAUAGCACCAAAACUCAUAGAUAUAUUAAAAUAUAUCCUAAAAUUUCAAUGGAAAUUGCCAAAGGAACUUCUACAACUGAGAAAAGUAUAGAAAUCGAUAAAGCAGUUCAUCAAGAAAUUAAUAAUAUGGAUGAAAGCACUACAGAAUCAAGUACAGUAUCAAUAAUUGAAGCUAUAACCAAAAAAACCAACAAUCGAAAAAAACGUUCCUCGGGUACUGGAUUUGAAGACGUAAUUAUUGAUACGGACUUCAUUGAUAAAAUUAAUCAUAAAUUUGCCCCAAAGCCAGAAAUUGAUAUAAAUAAAUAUCCUUACUACACCAUGCCAAAUUUGAAUGACGAUUCUCCUUUAAGAUAUGCAGAAAAUAUGAACAAUAUCCCAGUCAAAACUGAAGGGGAGCUGUCUUUUUAUAAAAUGGCUGACAAUAGACAUGAAUGUGAUGAGAUUCCUCAAAACAUUGAUCCAAUUCCUGAACACGUUAAGAAUGCCCCUAGUAAAAAGGAAGAAGUUUCUGAUGAAGAAGAAGAAGAGGAUAGUAGAGAAAAGAGAGACGUUGGUCCAAGAAUUCAAUUAGGGGAUAAAAUUGAUUGUUUAAAAGCAAGAUAUUUUGGAGAAAAUCCUUUGGACAGCCCAUUUUUCAAAGAGGAAACUGUUGGUCCAGUGAGACCGAUAUUUACAGAGCUGGCUCCCCAUCAUAACGAAAUUGUUAGCAACAAAAAUGAACGAAAAUUUGAAAUUAGUAAAGAUAAUUUAUUAGUGAUUGAAAAUGACAAAGCAGAAAGCAUUAAAGUGCCUCUUGUUACAAAACCUACCCCAAGCCCUUUGGUUAGUCUAAUGACAACUCCUAAAUACACUUUAAAACUUACUCCAAAAAAUAUUUAUGAUCAAAUUAAGCUUUUAGACCAUUUAGCUACAGAUGAAACAAAAAUUAUUAAUAAAGUCGAACAAACAAAUCAAAAUUCUACAAAAGAAGAAAGUAGAGAAUCAAAAACUUUAGUUGAAGUAAAUGACAAUAUUACGAAAGAAGUUGACCAAGAACCAACAUUAGAACCAGAAGCACUGAGGCGCAAACUUCGCCCAAGAAGACCGAACUACCAAGUAUUCGACGUUAACAAAUAUCUUACAACAACCCCAUUCUCAUUAUUCGAUACUGUUUCCACAACAGUACUUCCAAAAUACAAAGUCUUCAGCGAAGUAUUCUACAAAGACGAAAUCAAACCAAACGAACAACUAAACGUAUUUGCUGACGUGCAGAACAACAUUAAAAAUUCCAACAAUGUGGAAUUACCUCUUGAGCAAUCGAGAUCAGACUUUGCUGAACCGAAUGCAGUAACUGUAAGCUCAGUGGAUCUACCAAGAACUACACAGGCACCCAGUGUUAGAGUUAAAAAAUUUCAAACCGAUAGUUCAAGUCAUAAGAAUAAUAUACCCGAACACAACAUUCCAAAAUCCUAUAACGUUCAAAAACAUUACGUUAAAACUCCUGGCAAUCAAAAAGUCAUCUUGCCAGAAAUUAACGGUUUUGUGAACAACCAAAUGAGCCAUAAGCGAAUUACUUCAAACCCCACGAUAGUCGACCCAAUACUACCAACCAAUAAACCAAGAAAAAUCAAAAGACGUAGAAAACCUACUACAACCACAACCAGUACCACUUUAAGAACCACAACUAAUAUUCGUGUUCCUGAGCAAACUGUCCCAAAAAACCAUCAACCCUUUGUAAUAGAUUUCAUUGAAGAAAUUCAACAAGUAAUUGGUUUGGUACCUCCUCAAGAGUUCGAAUAUAGGACGUUACCUGAAGAAGAUGUAGAUGAAAAUACUAAAGAAAAAACAUAUGAUUAUCCGAAACCUGUUAAUUCAAUCAGCGAACCACCUUCAACAGAAGUACCAAUGAACAACUACUAUUUUACUGGAUUGAAACCACCAAGCAAUAAAAGAGCCAGACCUUAUUCGGAGUAUACCAAUAUUAAUAGGAACUUCGUACGUAGAAGAGGUGGAAGAGAAGAAUCAAGCAGGAAAAAGCGUGAGGCUGCUAGACCAGCUUAUGCAGAUUUAUCCAGAAAUAGAGGGCGUCAAAAUGAAGGCCUGGAAAAAUCCCCAGUAGUAGAUGACGUUGACGAUUACGUCCCCCAUAGACCUAAAAAUUACCAUUACGAUGAAGCAACUGGUAAAAUUGUUUAUCACACCAAGCCCGCAGUUGUGGAAAAAGAGGAAGAACUUGAAUAUGAAGAAAUAGAAGUUCCUGAUACUCCUGGAGUUUAUCUGGAAAGAGCUGAGGAUGCUACGCAUCCAACACCAGAAAAAGUAACCACCAAAGAAUUACUAGCAACCGCAACGCCGCCACCAGAUGGAAAAGGAUUACUUGAUUUUGUUGUCAAAUUAAAAAAUAAUCCCAAUUACAAGUUCAUUCCAGAUCCAACUACUCCAAAACCAGGUACCGUGACAACAACUGAAGCUUUUGUCACUGUGGACCCUAAAAGCACUGAUCCUCCAGAAUUUUUGAGUAUUUUAUCCAAAGUUAAGGCGAAUAAAAACUAUAAACCGAUUGAAGAUCCCAAAGAAAACAAAAACAAAGUUAAAUCUACAACAGCAGAACCUGAAAGUGAAGAGGAAUACGUGGAUGAAGAAGAUGAAGAAGAUGCUCCAAGACACGUGCAAAAUUCACCUGGAGGCCAAACCCAAGACUUGGGAAAUAUCCAGAUAUUCGACAUUGGGGAUUAUUUGCCUAAAAUGAAAAGUUUCACUCCAAGAACCACAAUUGACUAUUCCAAAUAUAAAACUAUUGAGAGGCCACAUAGUAAGUCUCGAGAAAAAGAAAAAGAAGAAGAAGAAGAAGAAGUUAGGAGGCCUAGCUUCAAUCGUGGAGGCCAACAGUUUUCAGAAAGGAACAUAGAGGAAAAGGAGAGCAUUGAAAGACCUACUAUUCAUUAUAAAAAAGAACCAGUUUCAACAACAACAACCACAACAACAACGACUGAGAAAAUUAUUCAAUUUAGACGAGGUACAAGACCCUCAACUCAAAGAACAACAAAUUCAGAAUCAACAGAACAAACUACAACCAGACGUAGCAGAAGACCAUCAGGAACCACUAAAAAGCCUACAACAUCUGCUGAAGAUAUGCAAACGACUGAAAAAGUUGCUAGAGUCUAUCCAGAAAAUUACUCAACUGAAAGGCCUUAUUCCGAUCAGCACGAUAAAGCAAAAAGAGUUUAUAGAAGAAGACCAGUAAGAAUACGAUACACCACAGAGAGAGAUUCUGAAGAGGAGGAAACUAUAGAUAAAAUAGUCAGAAGAAGCUUGGAUAUUGAAGCUAAUGAACAACCAGAAUUUGAAGAAAUUUACACGGAAAUCAAAGACGAAAUUAUUGAUGAUGAUGAUGAUGAUGAUGCCAGUGAGAGUAAGCAAAAUGUUGAAAUUAUUGACACGAACUACGAUAGGAUGCAAAAACAUGGUGGAAACUAUAAAAAAGAAACUAAAGAAGAUGUUAAAGAAAGUGGUAAAGUUGAAAUUUUGAAUCAGAAAUAUGACAAAACUGCAAAAGAUGGAGGGAACUAUAGAAAAAUACCUGAUGAUGACGUGGAAAUUGUAAACUAUGACAAAAAUGAAAAGCAUGGUGGUAAUUAUAGAAAACCGUCAGAAGAAGAACAGGAAGAUAUAGAAGAUACUGAUAAUGAAAGAGAAACAAAUCUUGACCAAAACGUCCAGCCAAAUAACGAUGCAACUAUCGAAAGAAAUUUUAAUCCCCAACAAAUCACUCCAAAAGGAUUUGAAACAAAAAAUACAAGAAAAAUCAAAAUAAGAAGAAGACCGACAACUACAACUACACAACCAUCCAAAUCAGUACCGAGACUAACCGAUGUAGUUCCCAAACCCGAUCAUUUCUAUUCUGAUCCUCAACUACCAAGACAAAUUAAUAAUCUAGGAUCAGAAAAACCGGAUUUAGCUUCUGAGGAAUUGAGCGAGGUGACUGAAAAUGGUGAUGUGGCUGGAUCAGAGAAACCUGUUUCAGAAGGAUUAGAACGGCCUCAUACAAGAAGGAGACGCAUUAAAUUACGUAGAAGAAAUUUUGAUAUAGAAAAUUCAACUAAAAAACCUUUAUAUAUUAAGGAUCCAAGUAAAAGACUUUACUAUUAUGUUCCAGUGUAA